GACAUGUGCACAGCAGCUCAUACAUUAAUUAGACACUUCACACUAGUCACCAACUCACCACCAAGCAAAACCAAAGCCAUUCAUUCGGCUUGUGCUCUUCAGAGUCGCAGGACAGCUGCCUUGCUCUGUAGUACGCUUCAGCAAAGCAGAGGUAACAAGCUAAGGGCGCUAAUGUCUGACCAUCGGACAGUGAAACUCACCAUGCUUAUGCUGCUAGCAUUGUUAGUGAUAUCUCAUGGAGUAGGCAAUAUCAGCUGUUCCACUGUCCCUGAGAAUAGCACGGACAUGCUCGCCUUGCUUGAUUUCAAGGCAGUCAUCACCAAUGACCCUUCAGGAUCCUUGAGCUCGUGGAACACCAGCAUCCACUACUGCAAGUGGAGAGGUGUCACAUGUAACACGAAGAACCACGGGCGAGUCACGGCACUCAGACUUUACAACCAAGGCCUGUCAGGCUCUAUUUCCCCAUCUGUUGGAAACCUAACAUUCCUUCAUACACUAGACCUGUCUACCAAUCAGUUCUCUGGCCAAAUACCACAUCUCAACAAUCUCCAGAAGAUGCAAAUCCUUAAUCUGAGCUACAACUCACUGGAUGGGGUUAUUCCAGACACGCUCACAAAUUGUUCCAACCUCAAGCAGCUGCAUCUCUACCAUAACUUACUCAAUGGUGCAAUUCCUCGGGAAAUAGGUCUCCUUAAGAAUCUAGUCUUUUUUGCCCUUAAUAACAAUAAUCUUACCGGGACUAUCCCGCCAUCCCUUGGUAACAUCACCCAUAUAAAAGAGUUUUAUCUUCAAGUAAAUCACCUUAAAGGAACAAUUCCUGAUGAACUUGGCCACUUUUCAAAUAUUUCGAUGCUGGGCCUCGGGGGAAAUAUGCUAUCAGGUACAAUCCCUUUAAGCCUAUUUAAUUUGUCCUUACUUCAAGUACUAGAGUUGCGUACAAAUCAGCUAAGAGGGAGCCUACCAAGCAAUAUGGGUGAUCGCUUCUCUAAUCUACAAAAACUAUUGUUGGGCGAGAAUUGGCUGAAAGGUCGCAUACCAGAUUCCUUAGGUAAUGCUACAACGCUAAAACAACUAGUUCUACAAACUAACAACUUCACUGGACAAAUCCCUAGUUCCUUUGGGAAGCUUUCAAGUUUAUCUGAACUAGACCUUGGGUCGAAUAUGCUUGAAGCAAAAGAUAGUGAAAGCUGGGAAUUCUUGCAUGCACUAGAAAACUGCAGUGCUCUACGAGUGCUAGCACUAUCAAACAAUCAGCUGCAGGGGGUUAUACCAAAUUCAGUUGGUAAUUUAACGGCUAAUCUUCAAUACUUAUUUUUAGGUGGAAACAAGCUGUCAGGUACAGUUCCAUCGAGUAUAGGAAAACUUGCUGGGCUAAUUUAUCUAACAUUAGAUGGAAACAGUCUCAUUGGUAGCAUCGACGGGUGGAUUAGAAACCUAAAAAACCUGCAAUAUUUAUACCUUAGUGAAAACAACCUAAGUGGACCCAUUCCACCCAUCAUUGGCAAUCUUACGCAGUUAGCACGGCUCCUUCUAGACAACAAUGGAUUUGAAGGUCCCAUACCAUCAUCCUUUGGGUAGCCCUCCAAUGCUUUUAAGUUGAACCUUAAUCAUAAUAAUCUAUAGAAGGGAGCAUUCCACUGGAGAUUAGCAACCUUAAACAACUUAUCAACCUAGAGCUUGCAUCAAACAAGCUUAUUACUGGGGAAAUUCCUGAUGAUUUGACACUGUGCCAAUACUUAGUAACAAUCGAUAUGGAGCAUAACUUUAUCGUAGGGAACAUUCCAGAAUCUGUUGGCAGUCUAGAAAGCUUGAACAAACUAAGUCUUGCUCACAACAACUUGUCUGGCACCAUUCCAGCUGCUCUAGGUAGCCUGAAAUUGCUCAAUAUGCUG